AUGAGUUGUGUCGAUCAACAACAACAAAUUGUUCCCAAAUCUGACUUGUCUUGCAUUCCAAGUAAGAAGAAGAGGAAGCGACUCAAGGAUUGUGAUACGGCUGCGUUUAAUGCGGAAACUCCCAAUGAAGAGAAGACACAUUCGUCUGGUUUCAUCGAAAUUGUUCUCAAUAUUGAUGAGGAGGAAUAUAAGAAGAGAAGGAAGACGACUGAUGUUGUUGUGGUUAAUAGCUUUGAAGAUAAAGGCGAGGUAAGGCCGAGGAUAGGGAAGUCUUUGAAGAAGGUCUUACAAGUUAUGGAGAAGAAGAAUGAGAAAGGUGAAAAAGAGGAUUGUGGUCCGGACAUGAACUGUGAUGUGUGCUGUGUUUGUCAUUGGGGUGGAGAUUUGCUUCUAUGUGAUGGUUGUCCAUCAGCUUUUCACCAUACUUGCCUCGGUUUAUCGAGUCUUCCCGAGGAAGAGCGCUGGUUCUGUCCUUGUUGCUGCUGCGAUAUCUGUGGAUCAAUGGAAUCAUUGGGAAACAGCAAGUUGAUGACUUGUGAGCAAUGCCAAAGAAGGUUCCAUCUAAGGUGUUUAAAAGAAGAGCCCUGUCUUGUUUCAUGCAGAGGCUGGUUCUGUAGUAGUCAAUGCAACAGAAGUUUUACCGCGCUUCAGAAUCUCCUUGGAUGUAAGAUUUCAGUAGGCGAUGAUUUGGUUUGGACAUUGAUGAGAGCUCCUGAUGAGUAUGAAUGUUAUGAUGAUGAGCAAAUCUCAAAGCUGGAUUCUGCUGUUAAGAUACUUCACCAAGGAUUUGAGCCUACAAAAGAUCGUAGCUCCGGGAAAGACCUUGUUGAAGAGUUGAUAUUCAGGAGAGACAGAAAUGGCGUGGGUCGCGGGUUUUACACGGUUUUGAUCGAGAGAAAGAAUGAGCCUGUAACGGUGGCAGCGGUUAGAGUUGACAAAGAUGUAGCUGAGAUCCCUCUGGUGGCGACAUUGCCUGAUUACAGGAGAAGUGGGAUGUGUAGAGUGUUGAUGAAUGAGUUGGAGAAGCAAAUGUCUCAAAUGGGAGUUUGUAGAUUGGUCUUACCGGCUGCAGCAGAGGUUGUGACCACUUGGACUGAGCGGUUCGGGUUCUCGGUAAUGGAAAGUUCGGAGAGGUUAGAGAUUGUGAAACAUGGGAUGCUUGAUUUUGUUGGUACUGUAAUGUGCCAUAAGAUUGUGAUGGGAAGAGAAGAAGAUUCAGGCCUCACGGAAUAA